UAAUAAAAUGUCGAUGUUUAGAUCAGAGAGCAUGAAUCUCUGUAAACUACUGGUGACAAAAGACAAGGCCUACGAUGUGGUUGAAGCAUUGGGGCUUCUUAAUGAAGUCUCUUUUGUGAACCUCAACAAGAACGAGCAACCCCAGAAACUUCCUUACUGCCAUGAGAUAAGUAAGUGUAAUGAAAUAUGCACCAAACUGGAUUAUAUUUACGAGCAGUGCCAAAAGUUUGGAGUUAAGGUAGAGGAAUGUGAGUCUUAUCAAGAGUUUAUUGACAAAAAGGCCUCCCUCCAGAUGAGGAUGAAAAUGUCCAAGUUUACUAUCCUUGACCAUCUUAACAAAAUAAUUGAGGAGCAACAGAAAUUCCUAAAGGAACAGAAUGAGAGAAUCGAGAGCAUGUACUCCGACUAUAACGACUUGUUAGAGUACAAACAAGUUACAAUUGCUUCACAAGAGUUAAUGGAAAGAGAAGAGAUGAAAGACAUGACUGAAAGAAUUUCUGUACAAAGUGAAUACUCAGGAAUCUAUGAUAGAGAAGAAAUGAUGAAACUUGUUGAAGACCAAUCAUUCUCAGAGGCUCCUUCAGAAAUCAAUAUUAACCUUGACACUGGAGUUAAAAUUGGAAAGAUCAUAGGCACAUGCCUUAAUGAUGACUUAAUGAGACUGAAAACACUCCUAUUUAGAUCUACUAGAGGAAAUGCAUUGGUACUGACGAAAAAUACCGGAGGGAUUGAAACAUAUGACAAAAAGGUCAUCCCUAAAUCUGUUUUCAUCGUGGUUUUCCAAGAAGGAGAGAUUUUAAGGAGCAGAAUUGAGACAAUCUGUAGCAAUUUUUCAAAGAAUCAUUUUGUUGUACCCAAAAAUGGAGAAGAAUCUAAACUACAAUAUCUUGAAGACAAGAUAGAACAGACUAGACAAUUAAUUGUAAUGAGUCUUGUGGGAAUUGAAAAAUACUUAAUGAGUUGCACGCAAGAGAGACAACUAGAUUUAUUUAAAAGGAUAUGCCAAUACGAUCAUCAAAUCUACAUGAGGCUUGAUUAUCUACACCUAUCUGAAAAUUUAUUCACUGGAUAUUUCUGGAGUUGAAAAAGUGAGAAAGAUAUUGAAAAUAUACUCAUGAAUAAUAACUUCUCUAUCCAGGAAGCUCACAUUGUCAACGGUCACAUUGGAGAUGUGCCUCCUCCAACUCAUUUUAAAUUGAAUGAGUUUACUACAGUAUUCCAAGAUAUCGUUAGCACAUAUGGAGUCCCAUUGUACAAAGAGAUCAAUCCAGCCUAUUUUACAAUAAUUACUUUUCCGUUUCUCUUUGGAGUUAUGUUUGGUGAUGUUGGACAUGGAUCUUUUCUUCUAAUCAUCGCCUCACUUGUAUGACUAUAUAGUGAGCAACUUAAGAAGAAUCAAGCAUUUAAAACUUUGGUUGAUAUCCGAUAUCUUCUGCUUUUGAUGGGGAUCUUCUCUACGUUCUGUGGCCUGAUCUAUAAUGAUUUCCUAUCAAUCCCUCUUCAACUAAACAUGUCAUCAUGCUACAGCAUUCAUGACUCGAAUGUCACUUACAGCAGUGACUGAAUGUACAGCUUUGGAAUUGAUUACUCAUGGUACAAGGCCUCUAACAUCCUUGACUUUAUGAAUUCACUUAAGAUGAAAAUGGCUGUGAUCUUCGGAGUUGCGCACAUGUCUCUAGGAAUCGUUCUUAAAGGGCUGAACUCCAGAUACUUCUUCAAGCCAUUAGACUUCUACUUUGAGUUUAUUCCCCAACUGAUCCUACUGUUGAUAUUAUUUGGAUACAUGGACUUGCUCAUUAUCAUAAAAUGGAUGACUAAUUAUCAAAAUGGAUAUGAAGCUCCAGCGAUCAUCACAGUUAUGAUCGACAUGUUCCUGUCAGGUGGAGGAGUAAAGCAAAAGCCACUGGUAGGAGGAAAAGAAACUCAUGAGUUUGUGAACGUGCUAGUUCUUAUAACUGCCUUUGUUUGUGUCCCAGUAAUGCUGCUUGUAAAACCUCUGAUCAUCACUAAAAGGAUGAAGCAACAUGAAUUAGGCCUAAAAAUUCCAAGUGCUAUUGAAAUGGGAGUGUGAAGCUUCAAAAAGCGGGAGCAAAGCGAUGAAGAACUACAAUCUGAUUCAGAAGAGGAGGAUGAGGAUCAAUGCCUUAUUAAAAGAGAUGACUCUGAGCAACCUAGAAGAAGGUUUAGAGAAGAGAGCAAAAUAGAAUAUGACCCAAAUGAAGAUCCUUAUAGUAUUCCUGAUGAUGAUAAAAAAGAUGAAGCUAGAGAAAAACUUAUCAAAGCUACUGCUGUCUACAAGCAGAAUGAUUCUCAUGAUUUACAGGAGGUAUGGAUUCAUCAGCUCAUUGAAACAAUAGAAUUUGUAUUAGGAACAAUAUCUAAUACGGCUUCUUAUCUCCGUCUUUGGGCUCUUUCUUUAGCUCAUAGUCAAUUGGCAGCUGUUUUUUAUGAUAAAUCAAUCAGAGCUCCAAUAGAAAAUGGAGAAUGGUUUUUGAUAUUUGCUUUCCUUCCAGUCUUCUUGACUUCAAAUUUUGCUAUUCUGAUAUGUAUGGAUGCAAUGGAAUGCUUCCUUCACACCCUCAGACUUCACUGGGUAGAAUUCCAAAACAAAUUCUAUAAUGGCACAGGAUAUAAAUUUGAAAGCUUUUCUCUCCCUGACAGCAUUGGCUUCGAACAGCAAAAUGAAGAACAAUAACUACCACUAAAAUAUUCA